AUGGGCAGCGAUCUGAAAGCUCGCCUCAAAGCUAAGUUCUCUCGAAGAAGUUCGACGUCGGGUUCCGUCAAGUCGGGCCACAGCCACAGCCACGGCGAGACGCAGCUUUCCCAGCGAGACGAGUCAAGGAGUCUCGCCUCGACAGACAAUCACUCGCGCCCUGCCUCUGUCCGUCUUGACCCUCAGUCCAGCAGCAAUCUAGGAGCGCCCGCGCCCGACGCCGAUGAGGCACCCGUCCGAAUCGUGAUUUCCCCGGAAGAUAGCACGACGACGUCUUCGUCCACGGCCUCGACCUCGCCCAGUGAAGAGGUGCAGCCGCAAGAGUCAGUUACCCGUGACCCCAGCUCCCAGCUGUCAGCCGCCCCAAAGCGGCGUACGGCUAGUGAUGGUACUGGGAAACGAUCUGCACCAUCCCAUGGCCGCAACCACGUCCAGUCUGGCCAGCAUCAACGAAAACCAAACCUUAGUUGA